GGCCGAAAGAUGAGUGAAAAAUACAGAGAAGGGGAUUGCAAGAAAACAAUAAAAUAAUAAUAAAUGCGAAAGCUAGUUGGAAGAAGAAAUUUUUAAUUGUGAUAGGAAGACUUGGUGUAGCAUUUUACGUGACGGUUGACGGUUACACUGAACAAUCUUUCAGUUGGAAGUUGAAAACCAUCCCCAUUAGCAAAAGCUGUUGACCAGAUUUCCCCCCGUUUUGUUGGUCCCUUUGGCUUUCAGCUUCUUCUCAUCUUCUGAUCUUCACAGAGAGAGAGAGAGCUUCUGAGUCUUCGGCGUCUGGAAUCCUCCAACUUUCAAGAGAAGAAGAAGAGAUUUGAUGGCCAACAGUAAUCUUCCGAGACGAAUUAUCAAGGAGACGCAGAGGCUUCUCAGCGAACCAGCUCCUGGAAUCAGCGCUUCUCCUGCAGAAGAAAACAUGCGAUAUUUCAACGUAAUGAUUCUUGGCCCAGCUCAAUCUCCAUAUGAAGGUGGGGUUUUCAAGUUGGAAUUGUUUUUGCCUGAAGAAUAUCCAAUGGCACCUCCAAAGGUCCGUUUCCUGACAAAAAUAUAUCAUCCUAACAUUGACAAGCUUGGGAGGAUAUGCCUCGAUAUUCUGAAAGACAAAUGGAGUCCAGCCCUUCAAAUCCGAACAGUAUUGCUGAGCAUUCAAGCACUUCUGAGUGCUCCAAAUCCUGAUGAUCCGCUUUCUGAGAACAUUGCAAAGCACUGGAAGACAAAUGAAGAAGAAGCUGUUGAGACAGCAAAGGAGUGGACCCGUUUGUAUGCGAGUGGGGAAUAGAUGCGGAGAAGUUAUAAAAUUUCAGUUUCUCGAUCGGAUGUUGAACAGCAUGUAUGUCUUUGGUCUUAGAACUUAAGAACUAUCAGACAUGAAGAUUUUCCAGCGCAUCAGUCCAUGUUGAUAAUCACUUUCAUUCUCCUCAUACUGCACCGUCGAAACUUAUGCUCACAGGGUGAAUGUAUCACAUUUGCAUAUAAUUGAAUCAUGGUUCUCGGAAUAUGUUCAUCGUU